AUGGCGACCUCUGCGUCGAGUGCCGGCCACCCGUCGCGCUCCGCCACCACCAUCGUCUCCGUGAGAGAGCACCACCUGGUCAAGAUCGUCGGGUACUCCAGGACCUUAAACGCCCAUUGUGGCCGGCCUGAAUUCAGUUCUUGCCCGUUCCGUGCGAGAGGCCGUACGUGGUGUGUCAGUUACCGACCCCAGGGGAGUCCGGGCAACGACGGGAACACUGAUUUUAUCUCCUUGUAUAUCCUUCUUGUUGAUAUUGUCGAUGAGCCCUUGAUGGCGAAGGCUACUUUCAGUCUGCCGUUCUAUAUCCAUAUCACCGACACGAAUAACUUCUCUGUAAAUAGAGCCUUUGGAUGUGAGAGGUUCGUCAAAAGGGAAGACUUGGAGCGAUCCGAGCAUCUCAAGGAUGAUUGUUUCAGCAUCAAGGUCCGGAUACAUAUUGUCAAGGAAGCACCAUCCAUCAUGGUGCCACCGUCUGACAUGCAACAGCAUCUCGGUAACCUUUUGUUAACCAAGGAGCUCGCCGAUGUUGAAUUCCGAGUCGGUGAGGAGACGUUUCCUGCACAUCGGAUCGUGCUUGGGGCACGGUCGCCGGUCUUCAAGGCACAGCUCUACGGCCCAAUGAAGGAGGGUACCACUAGCAACAUCAUACGAAUAGAUGACAUGGAGGCACAAGUGUUCAGAGCUCUGCUUACUUUCAUAUACACAGAUACAUGGCCAGAGAUGGAGCAGGAAGAUGAGUCUGCAAUGACUCAACAUUUGCUUGCUACAGCGGACAGGUAUUGCCUGCAAAGGCUAAAGCUGAUGUGUGAGCAUAGGUUGUAUAAACACAUUGAUAAGAGCUCUGUAGCGAUUAUCCUGGCGCUAGCAGAGAAGCACCAUUGUUGCGGUCUUAAAGAGGCAUGCUUCGAAUUCCUCGGCUCCUCAACCACUCUACUUGCAGUCGUCGAAACUGAAGAGUUUGAGUAUUUAGCCCGAAGCUGCCCUGCUAUUAUGAAAGAGUUAAUCAGGAAGGCAAUUAACAUUGCCAACAUAUGUGACAAUCCCCCAUCUUCCUAG